UAUUUGAAUAAAAUUUUAUCUACGAAUCAAAAGAACAUCAUGGCAUUGCAAGGACUGUUGUGUUUAACAAUCGCGUUGAUAAGUUUCCUUCCUCAAUCUAAGGCCGUCUCUAGCGAAGUGGAUUUUAGAUCUUUCGAUUUUGGGGAGGAAGAUCCGGAGUUUUUUGGUACUUACGAGAAGUCAUUCAAUAACCAUGAUUAUUUCCCUUCGGAUUUUAAUUUGGGGAGUCUAGACUUGAUCGCGGCGGCACCCCGUCUGACCAAACUUGGUGGCUACGUGAAUCCUGAAGACGUUCAGGUUGCCACUAGGCGUAAGAGGAAAACCUCUUCCAGUGAAGAACAAGAUCGUGGUGCUGAUGAUUCGGAAGAUGUGGAAGACGAUGAAGAAGCUGGAAGUGAGGAAGAAAAAAGUGAACGUGAUGGUAGUGUAGAUGAUUACUCCGAUCGUUAUGAACGUUUUGUAAAGAAACACUUUUCCGAUCAUGAAAAGCAACGGAAGAAGGAUGAUUUUAAGGAAGAUGGUGCCAGUUUUGAAUACCGUUUCGAUUAUUCUCCAUCAGCGGAUUAUGAACGGAUUAAGCAGGAAUCAGAAGCUCAAAGUCGACAGCUUGCCAAAGAUCCCAAAAACUGUAAAUCGUACGAAGAAAACGGCAUGAUUUGUCACGCGUGCCGAGAUCCCGCUACAGACACAACUUCUGAGUCUUGCUCCUAUGCAACCGUUCCUCAUCAUAAGAAGUUUGCUUACGUGAAACAGAAAAACUAUAACAGCAAAGAUCAAGAAAAAGACGACGAUGAUACCGAGGACGCCGUUGAAGAUCCUACGCACGAGGCUGACCGUAAUGCCGAUGAUACAGAAACUUACGAUGAGAAAUCCGAAAAAGAAGCCAUAAUCAGUACUCCUAAACCUCAAAUUAGAACAAGGGUAGUGCCUACCCCAAAAUCUGUCAUUCACACUAGACCAGGUGGUCCCACCACUCUAAGGACCACAGGUGGAGGUUAUCGACAUCAACCAGUUGUCGAUAUCCGUUCUAACAGACAAAGAGCUACUCCAGCAACCACCACCACUACUGCAGUACCCAUCAGCGCUCAGCGACGAAGCGAUCAAACGAGCCCUGCUGUUCAACAGGAUGCCGAUGGUUAUUACAAUUUUUACACUCAAUUUUUCCCACCAACAUCAACUGGAGAGUCCGCUUCUAAGAGCCAGAAACUUCGUCAACCACCAACAUCUACCCGCCAACAGCAAACUUCGGCCUCCGACAAUGACGAUGUUUACGCACUGGGCAAUAACGAAGAUGUGACCAAAGUGCUGCAGGAGUUUCAGGGGCGUGAUUGGACUAACUGCACCAAAGGCGAAAAAGAUAAACUCACCUGCUAUACCUGCACCGACAAGGCCGGAGUUAAGCAUGAAGAAUGUAUGUACGUGUCCGAGUCCCGUCAAGUUCCUGUGAUUGCACCUUCAUCCUCGGUUACUCCACCUACUUUGAAACCAGCUAAAAAACCAACUCGAGGUAAAAAGGUAACUUCAGAUAAGAAAAAUUCUAGAGAACCAAAAACAACCGGCGUACCGGAAAAGAUUUCCGCCAAACUGACGGUUGAACCAAGAGACACCAAUGCUAACAGCAACAGGGAACGACAAACCAUGAAACGAAUGGUUUCGAUCAAGAGCCACGUUGUUGACGGCAACCAGCAGCUUCGGCCACCUUCUGCAGAGAAACCUGGUUCAGAGUUGGACGAACGAGUAGUCCAAUACGAACAUCGAGUUACUCAUGAGAUUUAAGUCCGUAAUCAUGAUCACCUGCCAAUGAGGCUGGCAUAUUUUUUUUUAUAUGAAAGGUUUAAUAUUAAGUUUAGUUAU